CACGGUUACUUGCGUGACCGACUCGGGCCAGGCGGGCUGGAGGACGGCGCGGGAGGAGGGAGCCGGAGCGCGGGCCCGCCCGCUCCUCACCGCCAGCCUCUCCUCCUCAUUGGCCACAGGCCGGCGUCCAUCACCCCCAGGUGGCGUUCGGAUUGGCGGAAAGCGCACUUCUAGAACGAGGAGGGCAGAGUGACUCCGCGUGGUCUCCCGCGGCUCCUUUUCUCCUCCCCCUGCUCAACGUCCACCCACCUCUCCCCACCCCCAUCACUUCCCCCGCCCGGUGCUCGACAGUGUCCUUAGAAGACUCAUUGGGCCAGGGGCGAAGCCAGCCACCUAGCGAGCCCCACCGCCAUUGGACUACGAUCACGCCCGUCACAGCGGCACGCCCUACCAUUGGGCAUCCUCGCUGCGCUCCCGCCCCGCCGCCUCCUCCCUCGCGGCUCUCCCCGGCCCCCUACCCCGCCCGCCCCGCCGCUCCUUCCCGGUCCAGCUGGGCGGGGACUGCCCUAGGACUCUUUAAAGUCUGUGAGUCACUGCACAACCUAUCAAUCCAAUUAAAUGUCUUGAGCGAGCCGAGCGGGCGGUGCUCCCCGCCGCCGGCCGCCCCUGCUAUCGGCGCCCCGCUAUCCAUGGCUGGCUGGCUGUACUCCUCCCGGUGCGCCCUCCUCCCGCAUCUCACCAGCCUCGGCAACUUCCCCUCAGCUAGCCUCUGCCCCCAGGCCGCCACGGCAUGGGCUAGACCCCGAGCCGCUUCUUGCCGUCUCCCGUCCAGUCCGCGCGCGGUCUCGCCCCUUUAGCCCGUCUCGCCCGUCCCCGCCGUUUCCCCGACAGUCAGUCCAUCCCUCGGUCGGCUUUCCUUCGCGGGGCAGCGGUGGAGGACCAGCGGGCUCCGUAGGAGCGGGAGCCCCCACCCCGCUCCUCCUCCCGCUCCUCCGCGCUCCCACUCGUCGGGAUCCCCGUCCCGCACCUAGGGACGCGCCGACCGACGUCCUCUCCCCGCGGCCGUACGACCCGCCCAGGGGCUGGACCCGGCGCCCAAUUCUUCGCGGAAGAAACUGACAGUGGCCUACUUAAGUCAGAAGUGGUGUCGGGCUCUCCAGCAUUGCUAAGAAGGCUGAAAAUGAAGAAUCCAGAAAGUUGUGGGCCUGCACCAGAGGAGGACUAAGACAGGAUGGGCCCUGAAUCUGCUGUCACUCAAAUAGUAGUUGAGAUAUAUGUUGGGUAAAGGAGGAAAACGGAAGUUUGAUGAGCAUGAAGAUGGGCUGGAAGGCAAAAUCGUGUCCCCCUCCGACGGUCCAUCCAGGGUGUCUUACACCUUACAGCGCCAGACUAUCUUCAACAUUUCCCUUAUGAAACUGUACAACCACAGGCCUCUGACAGAGCCCAGCUUGCAGAAGACUGUCUUAAUUAACAACAUGUUGAGGCGGAUCCAGGAGGAGCUCAAGCAGGAAGGCAGCCUGAGGCCUGCAUUCACCCCUUCUUCCCAGUCCAGCGACUCACUAAGCGACAGCUACCGGGAGGCUCCGCCUGCCUUCACCCACCUGGCCUCGCCUCCUGCUCACCCCUGUGACCUAGGAAGCACUACACCCUUGGAGGCCUGCCUCACCCCUGCCUCCCUGCUUGAGGAUGACGACGAUGACACUUUUUGCACUUUGCAGGCUGUGCACCCUGCAGCUCCCACCAGACUCUCUUCUCCAGCCCUCCCAGCAGAGAAGGACAGCUUCUCCUCUGCCUUGGAUGAGAUCGAGGAGCUCUGUCCCACAUCUACCUCCACAGAGGCUGCUGACGCUGCAGCCCCUGAGGGCUCAAAAGGAACCUCCAGUGAGUCCAGUGUCCAGAAACCUGAGGGGCCCCAGGAAGGCCGCACAGAUGACUCAAGAUUCAUGGACUCUCUGCCUGGGAACUUUGAAAUAACAACGUCCACGGGGUUCCUGACAGACUUAACCCUGGAUGACAUCUUGUUUGCCGACAUUGAUACAUCCAUGUACGAUUUUGACCCCUGCACAUCUGCAUCGGGGACAGCGUCAAAGAUGGCCCCUGUGUCAGCUGAUGACCUCCUCAAGACCCUGGCUCCCUACAGCAAUCAGCCUGUUGCCCCAAGUCAGCCUUUCAAAAUGGAUCUCACAGAGCUGGACCACAUCAUGGAGGUGCUUGUUGGCUCCUGAGACCUGGGCCCCCAUGACUGCGCCCAGCCAGGCCCUGCACCUGGGACUCCAUGACUGCACCCAGCCAGGCCCUGCACCUUUGCAGCCCCGACAGUUUCUCCACACUGUGCAUGGACCCUUGCUUGCCUUUUUCAGAGAAAAAGAAAAUUUUACAAAAGGAUCACACUAGUAUUUUCUUCAAGCAGAGUUGGAGUGCCUUCAUUCGAGUAUGACCACUUUUAACACACUCUUCUGAGUGGGUUCCUCAGAGCCCUGCUGCCCUGGCGUAGGAGAGCAGACAUUUGAAGACUGUGUUGCUAAUGUUGAAAGGUGAACACGAACAGUUCAAGUGAAGCACAAGGAUUAAGUUGGAAAAGCUGUAAAUUGCAUGUGCAUAUUUGUCUAUUUUUUCUAUAAGUUUUAUUGCAAGAGGUAAAAAAAGAAUAUAUAUCUAUAUUAUUUGGAUAAUCUCAGUACCUUUUCUGGCGUUUUGCCCUGUGUAAGUUGACUUGGCAAUUCAGCCUUUUUAGAGGCAUUAACUACUCGUAAGUGUUGCAUUUACAUGGCUGUUUAGAAAACUGCUACCCAAAUUUAUUUUAUAUUUUUGUACAGAUUCUGCAGUUUAUGAUAUUGUUUUUCUAAAAACAAAUGCUGUUUAUACAUAUGAAAUAGCUAUUUUGAUAGGAUUUGCUCACAUAGUUCCUGCAAACGUGAGAUGUACAAGUUGCACUUGUACUUUUAUAGGACUUGUAAUGUUUUAUAUGUGUAUGGUGCAAGAGAGAAUCUGAUCACGUCAAUCUGCAGUUGAUGUCCCCAGUGCAAAUACACAGCGCUUUAAUAAAGGGCCAGGUGAUCUGACACCCAAAUUUCACAAGCACCAGCCCCUGGCACGGUCACCCGCCACCCGCCAGCACUGUGACUUCCAAAGCCCGAGCCCUGUCUGCUCAUCAGACUUGCAUUAAGCAGUUGGCGGGGGAGAUGCCUGUGUAUCUCGGGGUGGGGAGGACAGAGCUGAUGUGAUGGGCACCUUAGCUCCCUCUUUUGAGCAGAGGCUGCAUCAUCUGAGUGGACUCAGCAGGGUGUGGUGACACACCCCUGUAAUUCCAGCAUUUGGGAGGCAGGGGCAGGUGAAUUUUUGUGAGUUCCAGUCCAGCCAGAACUAUACAGUGAGAACCCUGUCUCAAGGUGUGUGUCUGCGGGGAGCGGGGGAGCAGGGGGAUCAAAACAAAACAACUGUAUUUAUGCCAAGUUGCUGUUUGAAUUGUUUUUAUUUUAAUUUUUUAAAAUGAAAACUCCAGUCUUUCCCUUUUGGCAUAGCUUUUAUGAUGAGACCACAAUUUUACACAACAAAAUUUUACAGCAAGCAACUGACCUUUUGCUGGAGGUGAGCCCUGCUUCAGUCCUUAGGUCUCCCCAGAAGGCACCCAUCAUGUUGCUGAGCUGCCUCUCCUAGUGUCCUUUCCCUGGAGCUUUUGUUCCCUCUGUUGCUAAGAGCUGCAAAUGGCAUCUUUCUGAUCAGCACAGUGAGCUAGCUCUGUGCACCUCCACCAGCCGGGACGCGCUCACGCUCGCUCUCCUGACAUCUGUGACUAGAGCUGCAGUCCACAGCCUUAUGUCAUGGAGUCCAAUCUGGUUACUUUCCUUAAUUAACUGCUAAUUUAACUACACUUUACAAAGCUGUUAUUCCCAAAUACAUAGACAGGAAUUUCUAUGCAUGUGUUUCUGGCCCUUCCCCUCCCCCCCCCAUGUGCUGGCUCCUUAAGCAGCUCUUUAUUUAGCGAUCCCCCCACCCCACACGUGCACCCGUGAGAUGCGGUCGUUUGUCUUAGUGUACCGUGCCUGUUGCUGACACCGCCUUUCUGUUUCACGGCUCGCUCUUGCAGUGGUACUUGAGCGGUUAAGUGCGGGUUACAACCUAGAUCAUUAUGCACAUGGCUUCUUUAGAAAUAACUUUUAUAUUUAUUUUUUAAAAAUAAAACUUAAAUUAUGGGAUUUUGUUUUUGUUGUCUUAAUAAAGACAUUUUGUCAUUUGUCAAUAUACAGUCACCAACCAAUUCUGCUCACUUCUUGCCAUGGAUAAAAUGGGUGUUUCUGGCCAAUUAAAAAGAUAAAUUUUAUAAAUGGUACUUUAAACAAGCCAUAGAUAGUUUUAUUUUUAUAAUGCACAUGGCAAGCAAAUGCAUUUGUGAUGAAGGAACUGCUCAUCCAAGCAGAAGAUUUGUGGAUGGUGUGAUUAAUAUCUUUUUACCUUUUCUUCACUCGAAUGUGUCUGACAAGCUGAUUAUCAGCUCUGGAGCAGUGAGAAGCUGAUCCAGCUGUUCUCCCACAGGCACCCUCCACCCUCUCACCGACCUACACAUGUGUCUCCUUUCGUGUAGGGUCAGGGACCAUAUGUAAGGUGAGGGUUGUUGUACACGCUUCCAAGUGUCAUUGUGCCUGUCCAUUUUAAGAACUGUUCUUCCUUGUAGAGAGCAGAUCUGCCCAUACUCUGUGUGUUUUAGAACUGGAGGAUCCUGUGAACUGGCCACAUGCCACACACAUCUGCAUACAUGUGCAUAUACAGUAGUGUUGAUUAUUCCCAGCAAAAAUGGCACAAAGCAGUUGAUUGCCAUUGUCAAAAACUGAUUUACAGUAACUUAGAACAACUGUACUUUUGUUGGAUUAGCAAAUCGUGUGUUUAAACAAUCCCAUAUGUUGGGCAACAGUUCAAAUAAGCACAGAGAAGCAUUGCCCAAACUUGGUUCUCUAACUCUAGUGCAUUUGUAAGGCUGGGCUUCAAAAUCAAAACACCCACCCUCAACACCGGCAGGCAAAGUGCUCGCUCACUCUUGAAACAUUCAUGGGAAGCUACCGCCCCAUUUUCAGGGAGAGCAAGCCCACCGAGAAUUAAGACUGUCUUUGUGUCCUAUUUAUAGUAAGCCAUGUCCCAACAGGGAAGAGCUGGAGCCAGAGUGAGAUCUCCCAGUCCGAAUUUGAGUGGGGGAAUGUGCUUCCAGAUGCUUCCUGGCAGUGGUGGCUCACCUUCACAAAGACAGCCUUGUGGCAUCUGAGCCAGGCAGACAGCCUGGGGUGCCUGGGCCUGAAGAGCUUGUUGACAAUGACGUGCAAUGAUGUGACAAGGUGAGAGCAGAAUCCUGAGAGACUUAAAGGGAUGGAUUUCCCCAUAAGUUAUUUAUUCCUUUUUUUUUCUGUGUAAAUAUAUUUAUUUUAUUGUUGGCGCUCUAAUAACACCCUGGUGGUAUGGUGCAGAAUGUAUGGUAGAAAUGUAUUCGUUGUAAGAACAUAGAUCUGUAUGUAUUAAAGGGGGAGCCAUGCCAGCCCCCACCUGUCUCUUCAUCAGAUACACAGUCCACAUUCAUUUUUAACUCUCAUCUCCAAUAUGGGUCUAUUUAAAAUAUGCAAAAAGGUAUGGAUGAGGAAUGUUUUAAUACCUCCAAAUUUUUAAGAAAAUCAAGCAUAAAAGAGUUGAUAAUUUUUUAAAGUUUUCUUAGUAGCACUUUCUCUUGAUGACGGAAGGGCAACACACAGGCACCCACCUUCAUACCAAAGGGUGAGAAAUGGCCACAGCCUCCUACCCGCUCCAGUGUCUUUAGCAAUUGAGCUCUCUAUCGCCAUAGCCCCAGCCAUCCUGAGGUCAAUCAAGGAAAAUUUCUUAACGACGUAAGCUCCAAAGAGCCAAAGUAUCAACUUACGGAUCAUUUUUAAAGCCUAAAUUUCUUAACCACCUUUGCAGUAAACAAUGAAUUAUGAACACUGCAAGGGCAGCCUUCUUAAAUGACAGACACAAAGACUGCUUGUGCAGCGAUCGCUACUCUACUCUGUGAAUUGUCUUAAUUGUAAAACCUUGCUCUUACAAAUUGAACCUUUUUACAUUUCUGAAAAUAGCAGAAAGAGCAUAUUUGACUUGUCCUAGCUGUAAGUUCUUGUUGCUGCCCGGCACCUGGAUGCCAGCGGGUGUGCAUCCCCUCGUGUGCGACUGUCUCCAGUGCUUCCAAGGAUGACUCUACAUGGCUCUUGGCCAGGAUCAAACGCUCUUGCAGACAAAGCCAGUAUAGAUUUUGGACUUCUUUUGGGGAAUUUGGGAGAGAAGAGUAGUCCAUUUGUACAGCUGAAGUGUUGAAAGUGUACAUGGGGACAUGUUGGUGCAUGGAUUUUGAGGAAGGAGGUGUGACCUUUCCCCACAGACCUGAGAGCUGUGCCUUUUCUAUGCAAUAUUACAGACGUCACAUCAGAACCCAGAGGGCUGUGUUCAAUGUAGAUUCAUUCAGGCUGUAUUCUAAACAAUUGGACAGAUUAAAUGUACAUGGAAUGAGCAGUCUUUUGUAGUUUUAUAUUAUACAAUAAACAGUUAAAAGAUGAAA